UACGUGUAUGUGUCACGUGGAAAGGGUAACGCGGAAGUAGAGGAAGGUCUGGGUGAAGCAAAGAUUAUCUACGCACAGAGAAUCUGUCCAUUUCCAAAAUGAGUACUGAGAAAUAUCCUAGGUCCUCAAUCGAGGAUGAUUUCAAUUAUGGGACCAAUGUCGCUACGGCGAGCGUUCAAAUCCGAAUGGAUUUUCUGCGCAAGGUGUAUACGAUUCUGUCAAUGCAGAUCAUCCUCACCACAGCAAUGUCUGCAAUCUUCAUGUUCUGCGAACCCAUCAAAACCUUUGUUCAUGCAAGCCCGGCUGUUGUCUUGGUGUCCUCAAUCGCCUCUCUUAUUCUCAUCUUUGCCUUGUUCAUCUACCGACACAAGCAUCCCAUCAACCUCUACUUACUGUUUGGAUUUACUUUGUUAGAGGCCACCUCUGUUGCAACUGCUGUGACCUUCUAUGAGUACUCCAUCGUCCUGCAGGCGUUCGUCCUCACCUCCGCUGUGUUCGUGGGGCUCACCGCCUACACUUUCCAGUCCAAGAGGGACUUCAGCAAAAUGGGGGCAGGGUUGUUUGCCUGUCUGUGGAUCCUGGUCAUUGCUGGUUUCAUGAAGCUCUUCUUCAACAACGACACGCUGGAGCUGGUGUAUGCCGGGGCUGGUGCUCUCCUCUUCUGCGCCUUCAUCAUCUACGACACCCACCUCCUCAUGCACCAGCUGUCCCCUGAGGAGCACGUGCUGGCCUCCAUAAACCUCUACCUGGACAUUGUCAACCUCUUCCUGCACAUCCUCCGCAUCCUGGAUUCAAUGAAGAAGCACUGAGCGCAUAUGAGCCAGUGUUAAUGUCAGGGUUGAAUUGUGAGGCAUUCCAUUUUGAUCACAGUCAUUUAUUUCUUGUUUUAACAUUGGGGAUUCUAGGUGUGAUUUGCGGAGGGAAUCCCGCCUGUCGUUGUUCCUCUGGCUUGCUCGUUGUGAUCAGUGUAACUGUACCUGUCUCUUCUUGCUCUAUACACCCCUUAUCAAAAUCACCAUAUAAGAGAUUCACACAGUGACAAAUUCUCAAUCAAUUAAUAAGAGUCAAACCAAUCUAGAGGUUCGGGGCCUUAAAUAGGCUAUGUGGUUCGCAGAAAUCGCAAGCAGUAGUUUUAGAGUUGGAUAUAAAGGGUGUAUAAACAUUUUUGUGCCAACGUUAAAGUGCUGUCAUUGAAAUAAUAGGUUAUUAUCUGUACACUUCCCAUCAAACUUUUUUUUGCUUGCAUCUAAAGAACCUUUUGAGCUUUGAUUCCCUCUCCUUUCCUCAAAGUCGUCAUUGACUCUUAACGAGGUUCACCAACAAUACUUGAAAUGAAAUCCUGCUGGUGGUGGUUCAGUUGUGCAUAUGCUGGCUCAUUUGUGAUGAGCUUGGGCCACACUGACUACUACUUGUAGUUAGACUUAUCACUUUAUAUUCAACUUAUAUGACUUGAUCAUCAAUAUAUUUUCUGAUAAAUUAUUAAUAGUCUAUGGAUAGCUUUGUAAUUUCGAAAAUAAAGACGGUCAGGUCAGGACAACCACACUUUUGAUGGAGAGUGUACAUAUAUGUAAAUGUAAAUACAUUUGGUAUUAACAGAUCCUAUCCAUGCUUAUUAGUGAUAAAGGAAAUGUUUAAUGAAGUUUUGAUGACAUAAUACCUUAUUUUUCUUUUAAUGAACCAUCUGAUUACUUUAAUUCAACUCAUCUUAUAGUCAAACUAGAAGGGCACUUUGAGAACGCAGACUUCUGCCAAGGCCAAUAUGCCCUACCUCGCAACGUUAAAGAAAGUCUACAAAAAUUCCUGGAUCUCCUCCGAGAUUCGAAUGAGUUCUUCCAUGGCUCAUGCAACACUCCACCAAGUUUAAUUAAAAUCAGCCUAUUCAUUUUUGUGUAAUCUUGCUGACAGACAUACAAACAAACCAAACUGAAAACAUAACCUUCUUGGCGGAGGUAAUGACAGAGUCAAUUGAAUCAUAAACCUUUCAGUGAAUUUUGACCAAAACAUUCAAAAGGCAUUAAAUAUGGCAUUAAGGAGAUGUUACCAAUGCCCUAACAGUAAUGUGAUGAAUCCUGCAAAGGACAUACUAGUGACAUUUUAGCCAAGGUGAACCUAAAGGAAUAUGUAACAUUCAAGUUCAGCUGUCAACACUGUGCCUCACCACUGAGAAAGUAAAUGUUUCAAGAAAUCCAUUAUUACGUAUUCAUAAUAACAGCAUGUGCACAAGAACAAGUUUGCAGUAUUGAUGUUACGCUUUUUAAUUGCAAUACAAUGGCAAUACCAGCUCUUCAUCUGAACAAGAGAAGGUAGUUCAAAAAAAUGUAUGGCUUUCUGUUCAAUUGUGUUUAUGUAUGAGCCACUGUGGGGGCGAUCAUGUGUUAAAAGUAAUUGAAAACUUGCUUUAAUAAAUGUGGAUGGAGAUGGCUAA